UUGGUAUAUACCACUAUAAACAUGCUAUAAACUAUAAAUAAAACUGAAAAUAGUGGUCAAUAAUGGUCGUCACGAUAACUUGAUAACCUGUAAUAAGAUCAAACGUAAUCUGGUAAUAAUGUAAUUAAAUUUUUAAAAAGUAAAUAAUGAUUAGAUAAGUAAAACAAACAAUAAAAAUGGCAAAGGAACUAAACAAAUCCAACUUAUUUGUAUGCAUGUAAAAUGUACUUGGUUUACAACUACUGAAACUAAUCUAUUAAGGACAAGAUGAUUUUACAGUGGACAAUACAUUCAUUCCUCCUCUUCUCUGUAAGCUCAAAAGAAAUAUUGAAGUUUAUUACCAGAUCACAUACCUCACAUUUAAGCAAAUAUACAACAUAUUUGGAUAGUACACUAUUGCACUUUCAAAUACCAUCAGAUGUCUUAUUUGCUUCACUAAAAAUAGAAGUUGAAGAAAGAAGACAAACAAUAUUUCCUUGUAAAGCUGAGAAUGUUGACUUAUAUUUUAAACACGGUUCCCCUCCUGUGAUAAAUCCUGAUGGCUCAAAGUUUCCUUCUACAUUUUACAAUCUUUCUCGACCUCAGCCUUUUUAUAUUAAUUUUACAUCGCAAAGUCCUGCCCAAUACAUAAAUUUAACAUCACCAACACCUGGGAUGUACUUUAUAUCAACUUUUUUGGCAUAUACUGAUCCUCGGUAUGAUGGUAUCAAUCAAGAAGGUUUGGUACCAAAAUGUAAAGUAUAUUUAGUCAUAACACUUUACAUUUCAACCGUGGAGGAUGUGGAAAUAGUUACAAAAGAUGUGGACAUGGAAGUGACUUUAUCUUCAAAAAGCUAUGCUGUUUUUAAGUUUUUUGCGCCAGAGAAAGUUGAUCACGUAUUUCUCACGAUUGUAGACAGUGUUUCAUGUAAAGACUGUGACUUUUUUAACGUUCGAAUUCAGCCACAUAAUGUACCGUCUAUGUUUAAGUCAAUUAAAAGCCUAGAUAUACCAGUAGCAAAUUUUUCGAGACAAAAUUAUAGCAUUAACAUUUGGACUCCAGAAAAUGCCUGGUACUAUUUAAGAUUCCAAUUCACGCAAAAAACGUUUUCAUUAAUUAACGGAGGAUUUUUUACAUUCAGAUUGAAAUUUUUCUUGUUACCAGAGUUAAUUAAUGAAAACAUAACAUUAAAUUUGAAUAAUUCAAAUUUUGAUACGUACGUGCCGGAUCCUGUUUUUAGAUUGCAUAGAGAUGGAAAUAUUUCCAAUAUUAUGUCAUACAACGAGUAUGAUUUGGUGAGAGAGCGAAACUCUGAUAAUUUCGUGUAUGGGUAUGAUUUAAGACCAAAGAAAAACGGGAAAAUUCCUCUGUACAUAAACGCGACAAAUGAUAAAUUUACUGUUCUUAAAUUUGUUAUUCAAGAUAGUACCGAUAGCGGAGGCACUGCUCAAUUUCAUUUGGCUGUUAAACCAAGAGCUAAAUAUGUUAAUGGUAAAAGAAUUGUAGAAACAGAUCCUGAGAAUAAUCAAGUAGUCGCAUGCAUACGUAAAGGAGUUCGCGAAUUACCCCUUUGGCCUAACAAUUGUUUUUUCAAUAACAUAUCUCAACCGUCACCAAUUUUUGUAAACAAAACAGUUGAAAACGCCUCCGUAAUGAUACCGUAUCCAGAACCAGGGACUUGGUUCAUCUCCAUUCGUUUAUUUUGCGGUUCAUGCGAGUCUUGUAAUUGUUCUAAUCAUUGUCAACACAAACAUGAAACUUGUAUGCAGGUCUGUGAAGAAAAUUGUGAGCCAGAGCAAUGUAAUAACUGCACCAACACGUGCAGACAGUCGGUUAUUGAGGAAGAUGAAUGCAGGGGAUGUGACUGCAUUGGGGGAUGUAAAAGAAAUAACAUAAAUUGUAAUACAAGUAUAGUAUUCGAGGUGGCAUCAUUUUCCUGUGUUGAUGGGACAUGUGGAGACAAUGGAAAGUGUGUCUUUUCGAUUUCUGAGGGAUUUGUGGUGACUUCUUGCUUUUGCACGAAUAAUUACAGAGGGUGGGAAUGUUCUGAUAAUUCUCAAGCCAAUCCUUAUUCUGCAAUUGUAGUAGAGAUGGUUUUGCUAACUUUGAGUAACCUUAUGUUUGUGCCAGCUGUUUAUUUAGCAAUUAAAAGACACUACUAUAUCGAAUCACUCACCUAUACACUGCUUUGCCUGUCUUCUACUUUUUAUCAUGCCUGUGAUGCUGGUGAAAACAUAAUCAGUUACUGUCUAAUACGUUUGAAUGUGCUGCAAUUUUCCGACUUCUUCUGUGCUCUGUUGUCCUUUUGGGUCACGUUAAUAGCUAUGGCGUACCUUUCGGAGCCCCUUAUGUCCAUAUUGCACAUGUUAGGUGCUAUUUUACUGGCAUUUGGCACCACCUAUAACAAGAUGUCCGUGUGGUUAUUCGCAUUUCCUGCUCUAGCUGGGAUUUUUAUCAUUUUUGUUAGUUGGUUUGUUAAGUAUAAACAAUUAGACCACGUUUUUCCGAGCAAGAGGUAUUUGAAAAGAAAUUUUCCUGUCGGAAUAGUUGUAGUCACUGUAGGUCUUAUAACGUUUGCCUUUUUGCAAACGAGAAACAACUAUAAGUAUCUACAUAGUUUGUGGCAUAUAUUAAUGGCAACUGGAAUUAUUAUUUUACUACCUGAUAAAGAUACGUUUGUACCUACUAAACUGUAGGAAAGCAAUGUUUACCAGCAACUAUCACAGAUGGUGAUAAAUUUUUAUUUUUACGCUCUCUCGUUCUUUUUUAAUUAAUUUUUUGUUUAAGUUUCUGUUAAUACCUAUUACUACUAGGCGUAGGUAAAUUGGAAAAGAGCUUUCAUAAAUUAAGACUAAAAAAUAAUACGCGUAUUUUAUUUUUAUACAAAUGCGGGACAAGAAAUAUUUUUCAAAUGUCUGAAUCUCAAAUUUUCAGAUUUGAUAUACCCAGAUGAG